CCCCCAAGAUGGGCUAUGGUCGCUAACCCGCGACCCCUUUUCCAAUGUUCCUCCCCUUCCUCCUCGUCCUCCUGGCGCUAACAUGCAGUUUUCGAUGGGAAAUCCAGGGCUCAACCACCCAGCCGACCCGUCAAAUUUCCUUCCCAGUCAGCAACAAGUGCCAGCCUCGAAGCCCAAGAUCCCAUCCCCGCAGGCUACGAACAUUGGUCCUCCCAUGGAGCCUAGCCAGUGUACAAAAUGCCUCCUUUAUCAUCCGGCAACGAUCAGGUGCCCCUCCCUGACCACAGAGGGGCGGAUACGUCUUGCCCUUGACGAAGUCAAAAAGCUCUCAGGAGGACUCCCCGUUGCGACCCAACGGAACCGGGAGCGCCUGCAGCAGCUUCUAAAAUUACGAAAGAAUGAACGACUCGGAGAAUCUGGAAGACCUUCCCCACGAGCCCCGCAACCACGACUGCAGCAGCAGCCACAACCUCGACUGUCAGCUCCUAACGAGGAGGGCGGCAGCUUGCAUCAAGAGACGCAUCAAGACAACACGCAGUGAGACUUGCUGCUCUACAAUCUGGUUGUAAAGCAGCAUACGACGGGCAUUUACUACUACUGCCUGGGUCUGACAGGCUCUGUGUUGCUGGCAAACAUUGAAGAGUAGUCUCUUGGGCGUGGGGACAAAAUCUCCUGGCCUCUUAUUGAUAGGCCCUUUUUUGAUUGCAAUGUUUUGCUGAUGGGCCUAGAAGUAGGCAAAUAGGAAAUUCUGAGUCACAUGAAACC